UCUUCCCCUGCCGCCCCGCUCUGCGAAAAUACCCGACGAAAGCCGAGGAGAUAAAGAAAAUGAAAAGCAGCCAGAAAAGCAGAUCGCAGAACAGCAGAAAUUCGCAGUGUUUCGUUUUCGUUUGCGGCGUGCAUAUGUACAUGUGUCGUGUGUAAAUACGAUUUCGGGGGCAUGUGCAGUGGCCGUACAUGUGUGUGUUCUGUUUCCCGCAAAAUCGCCCAAUUAAAAACAGUCGAACGCCCUUUCGUGUGCUUUUAGUUUAAUUCGCCUAUUUUCCGCGCGGCUUCAUUUGCUCAUAACCUGACCCGGUUUCAGUGCGACACUGGACGGAACCCGAAAACGAUAUCUGCAGGGGAAGCCGGAAAAUAGGGAUGAGGGAGAACAGGGUGUUGUGAAACGGAUUCUGUAGCUGCUGCGGCUGGCUUUGCAGCAACGGCACCCGAUAAUUCGUAAUCUCAAAAAUACACUUGCCUGUAAAUACGUGUUUUUUGUAUGUGUGCAUUCUUCUUUGUGAACGAACGAUUCCGGAUCAGUGAAUCAAAAAACGCAGCAUUUAGUUCGAAAACAGCGCGAAACACCACCGAAACAUAAGGAAACUGCACAUCCAUCCAGCCGAACCUUCAAAACAAACAGCGUUCUGCAAAGGAACGGAGUCAACAACGACUUUUGAGCGGUUCAAUUUGUGAUGUUCGAUGCCCCCAAGCCCCAUUCAUCAUUACAAUAACAAGCACCGCAGCGGGUGAAAGAUACAAAAACGGAUCUUCUCUAGCGCCUCGCUUUGGGAUACGAAACAUGAAUAACUACCCCAACUCGCAGCAACCAUAAGAAGUAUUGUGCAUCCUGUGAAAAGAUUUUCUGCCAGAUUGGAAAGGACUUUUUCCAUUGCCUCUUGCCAACUCAUACAUCAUUGGAAUUUAUGUGAACUUCUUUGGGCGCUAUCCAGGAGCAAGCGAGCGAUCGAUCCAGAAGAGAUGGCCCCGCCCAACUGCCUGCUGGCGGUCCUGGCGCUAGCGAUUUUCCUAGGCGCCAGCAACGGCCUGCCGAUCACCUCGCGACCCAUCGAGGGCAAUGUCCAGCGGAUGGUGUGGGACGAUUGGGUCAACCUGGACCCGGAGCAACGGAGCCUGACCAAGGAGAAGAAAGUGACCGCCAAGUCGAUAUUUACGCUACCCUUCCGCCACUGUCCGCAGGGCCACACGCUGUACAAUGAACUCUGCAUCCCCCAAUCCAACAUCGACCCCACGGAUCUAAUCAAGCAAGAACUCAUACUGGCCGGCGGCACCAAUGGCAACUCCCCGCCUCCGCCCAUUGCAGACUACGACUAUGGAGAUGACGCAGAGAGCGAAGAGAUCGUGUACGAUCUAUCGGUCAUACCAACUGCCAUGCAGGAUAGUUUGCCGCCCCGCGAUGGUGUCGAAGGUCAAGCCCUGCCCAGCGAGGAUGCACCGCUGAAAUUCAAUAUUUUCGAGAAGAAAUUCCCCACGGGCACGGGCGAGCCCGAGGAGCCGCCAAUGCCGCCGGACGUGUUGGCAUCAAUAUCUGCCGGCAACAGCAGUUUCACAGCAGCAACGUCAGCCAGCACAGCGGCGACGUCAACGACGACUGUGAGCACACCAGCUGCACCUUCGGGGGAUGCUAGCAACCGCAUCGGUGGUGGCGAUUUGCUGGCGGCUCCCAGCGAUGCCCUGUCCACAUCGGCAACAUUCAACCUGCCCAGCGGCAACUCGAGCACCAGCACCAGCACCGCCAACGGGGACAUUGGCCAGGUGGAAGCCAUUGUGUUGCCAGCUGGACAGGCACAGGAUGGCGAUGUUCACCUAGUCACCAGUUCCCUUAUCGACAGCGAGAAUUCCUCCACAGCAGCGCAUACAUUUAAUGCGGGGGCGGACUUGGACCAGCUUCUCAAGGCGGACGCCUUUCUGCCAGCCCACGAUGGCGGCAUUGAGCUGUUGCCGCCGCUUGCUAGCCAUCGCAAGGUGUCGCCGCCGUUGAGCGCAGACCAGGAUGCAAAGAUCGAGCAGACAGAUGAAACUACUGAGCCAGAGGGGGUGGGCACAGAGCUAACGGAGGAGGAAGGGACCACCACGGACCCAGUGACAGGUGAGGAGGAGGAGUAUACUACUGAGACAGAAACAACUGCAGGCGGCACAACGGUGUCGACGGAGGUGUCAAUGGAUUCAGCUCCGGCCCCCUCCAUCUUAGGCCUAACUGCACCACAUCCGCCAGAAGAACCCGAGUUGGAUGAAGGUGAAAAUCGCCUGGUCUUGAUAAAAUCGAAAGUGCAACCGGUUCAGUCAACGACAACAACAUCGGCGACGGCAGCAUCAACAGCAACCACUGCCGCUGAUGUUGCUGACUUGAGCUCAUCCACCGACCGGUUUCAUUAUCAGCAUUUCGUAGAAUACCUUGCCGCUAGCAGCACGACAGCCACAGCAGAGCCCAGCAGCAGCACUGUCGGCGAACUGAUUGACCAGAACGAUAUGCCGGCGACGAGUGACAAUGACAAUUUAAUGACAAAUACAAUUGCCGGCCACGCCGGAGUAGAUGAUGAUGGGGGCCAUAAAGCCACCGGUGAAAUGGAUGCCCAACAGGAACUGCGGCUCAUCAACGAGCUGGUGAGGGGUAAGCAGCGGGAGCAGCAACAGCAGCAGCAGCAGCAGCUUGAACCCACCAGCACAGAAGGAACUUCUACACCAACUGAGGAGGCAACCGUCACAACAGCAGCAAAUUGGUCAAAGGUGAUACCACAAUUAGGUCAGGGCACAAGUGAAGCAGCCACAUCGACCCAGGCUAAUGAGAGCAGCUCGACAGCGAAAUCAGCAGCAGCAGAACAAUUAAGUAUUACCAAUCGUAGCAAUAGAAAUAGCAAAAUAAUUAGGGUAGGACAGGUGGCUGAAGAGCCAGCAGCAACAGCGGCGACAGCAGAAUCUCCAACAUCACCAGCAUCCCCAACAUCUCCAAGCAGCAGCAGCAACCCGGACGGCUACACGCCCUUCUGGUGGCUCCCGAGUAUUGGAUGGCGUCUGGAGCGCCAGGUAGACGGCAAUGGCGAGGAUCACUCGCUUUUGCUUCGGUUCUUCAGCACAUUUCGCGGCAGCGGCCCGGCAGCAACCACCCGCUAACCACAACAUCGAGGGCAGCACUAGUAUCUCCUGGCUCUGGCUCCGCGCUAGAGCCUCAGGAUGUCGCUGGGAGCCGUGUAGUCUAGUGUAAGAUAGUGUCUUGUCAGCAACAGCGUUUCAAUUGCGUGUUGAAGUUUGUUAAUAGUUGUCUCACCCUUACACUCAUAACUUGUCUGAGUAAAUAUUUAUUAUCUUUUUAUGUUUUAAUCGAAUGCCAAAUUGUACAUAGUAUAUCCGAAGCACACUUCUUAGCAACAACUUUUGCAUUUUUUUUGCCCUGGCGUUAUUUUGUGGUAUUUAAACUGAUUUUUUUUAAGUUGUUGAUUUAAUUUUAGGGGGACUUUUUUUUAUAUUACAAUAGUUUUAUACUUAUGUGCGUACUGCUGUCGUUGUUGCGAGCCGUAGCAAUAUUUACUUGUGAUUACUUAGGCUUAUGAAUUGAUUGUUAGGCUUAGGUAAAUGUAUACUCUGAAUCUUUUUUUAAAUACUAUUAUCACAAAUACCCAACAUAUAUGUAUGCGCAUUACCGGAGCACUUGUUGUAGAUGUCUCUGUGUGUAGACCGUAGUGCAAAAGCUAUUCAAUCUAGGCAUUUUUAAACGCAUUCAAUAAAAGUGUGUUUCUAUACCUAUACCUAUACCUUAUAUAUAUAUAAUAGUUGUGCUAACAUUUGUAACGUGGAAUCAAAACUAAAGCCUUAUUGUAGUGUAAUGCAUUUAUAUAGUUAUAAAGUGCGUUUCGAACCAUCACUCAGAAGAAACCAACCGAAUCAGGCAGGCAAUAUGUUCUUUCAAAUGAAAUUUAACCAACAACCAAAGUUCUGCAGAAAAACAAAUACGGAAAUGCAAAAA